AUGGUGUCGGCGUAUGUCGGACUUCUUUCCCUUCGCAGUGCUUUCAACAUCGAGGCUCAUCCUGAGGAAGAGGCACCAGGAAAGCCGGCACCGACACCAUCACCAGGAGCCACGGCAACAAUGGCCAUUUCCAUGAAGUCGAUGAAUCUGACGGUCGGAGAGAAGACAGAGCUUCUCGGCUCGAAGAUCCCCCGUCAUGCGCCGGCCAUCAUGCGGCGCCUCGCCUGCGUGAGUUUGCUUUGGCUCACAGCGAGCUCGGAGCCGCAUUCACCGAAGCUACGCGGGCGACCGAAGCAGUCAAGCACUUCGAUCACCUGGGCUGUAGAAGGGGACUGCAUCGCUGAGGGUGCAUGCGUCAGCAGCCCGGGAUAUCCGGGAUCGUACGCAAACGAUGACGGCUGCACCAUCACGCUGCUGCAGCGGCCCUCGGUAGUGAGGAUCCUCGCAUUCUCCACAGAAGCCCGAUAUGACAGACUGGUGAUCGAGGGUCGUGCAUUUAGUGGCUCUGGCGAGGGAGUUAUUGGUACGUCUUUCCCGAUUUGGUCCGAAAUUUCCUGGACGUCCGAUGACUCUGUUGCUUCCGCCGGUUGGGAGCUUUGUAUCGAAGAGCCGCCUUCCUGUGAGGAUGGACUGCAGCUGAGACCGGUGCCAGUUUCAGAAUGCCCCGCGGUCAGUGAGCCUCUUGGGAGCUGUGAUGCCGCGCAGCCAGGUGAGCUCUGUGAAGGCGACGGCUCGUGCGGCACACGCACGGACAUCAAUAACUGUUACGAUGCCCAGUACUCCUAUCCAGCUUCACGAGAUGUGUAUCAGAAAGCUACUGGUACAAGCAGGACUGUUACCACAACAUUGAGCUCCGUCACCUCAAUGACAUCCACCACACUGACCGCAACACUCGGUGCAGCGAGUGGCCAGCCAUCUUGGUCUGUCUGGGGCGACUGUCAACUUGCAGGUGCUUGUGUGCGAAGCAGCAACUAUCCCGGAGAGUAUGGGGGAGACGAGCAGUGCACAAUGGCUGCCCCACUUCCCUCUGUGGUGACCUUUGCUGCCUUUUCCACAGAGAUCGGCUACGACCAAGUAACCUUGAAUGGAGCGUCCUACAGUGGUCAGACUCCUGAGGGCAAGACCAUGGUGGUCUGGACCAACAUCUCUUGGAUCAGCGACGAGUCGGUGUCGGGAGGUGGUUGGGAGCUGUGCCUGGAUCCUCUGCCUUCCUGCGCCGACGGACUACUCCUGGCCCCGGUCGCUGUGAAGGAUUGCCCAGAUCCCUCAGAGCCUCUUCGGCUCUGUGAUUCCGCCGAGCCAGGUGAGCUCUGUGAGGGCGGUGCUAGCUGUGGAACCAGGGAGGACAUCAACAACUGCUACGAUCGCUUUUACUCCCAUCCUCCCUCCCGCGAUGUUUACCGCAAGACUGCGGGGACGACCAGGACACUGACAACAACUACAACCACAGUCAAGACCCAGACAACCUACACAGGCACACGUCCAUUGGUAUUCGGCUCCUACUCAGGGCCGGUUCCCUGGGUUGUGGAUGGUGACUGCGGUACUUUCGGUGCAUGUGCCGAAAGCCCCAACUUCCCGCAGCCCUACGGAAACAGGCAGAGUUGCACACUGUCGCUGCCGCAGCCUUCAGUUGUAAGAGUGACCUUCUUCUCCACGGAGGAUGGGUUUGAUGAAAUGUACGUGAACGGAGACGCCUACUCCGGCCAAUCCAUAGCGGGCACGAAAAUGGUGGUUUGGACAAACAUUACUUGGGCAUCUGAUGACAGUGUGACUGGCGACGGGUGGCAAUUGUGUGUCGAAGCACCGCCCUACUGUUCCGACGGACUUGGUUUGGUUCCAGUGGCAGUUUCCGAGUGUCCGCUCCCUUCCGAUGUGCUGCCAUCGUGUGCGGAGGCAGCACCUGGUGGGCUCUGUGAAGCAAAUGGCGACUGUGGAACGAGAACGGAUGUCAACAAUUGCUACGACAGUGCGUACACGUAUCCAGCGUCACGUGAUGUCUACAGGAAGCUCAGCGGCACUACUUCCACAACAUUGACGGCCACGACCUCUUCCGAGACAACUCAGACAUCGACGAUUACAGUUACGGUCACACAGAUCGCCGGGUUCUGGGAAGGACCCGCACCGUGGACGGUUGAAGGCCCUUGCACGGUACACGGUGCCUGUGUGGAGAGUCCCCGCUUCCCUUUGCCCUAUUCAAGCGGCGAGGCCUGCUCUCUGUCAUUGCCACGGCCGUCGGUGGUGCAAGUGACGGCUUUCAGUGCCGAGGAUGAGGAUCUUCUGACCAUCAAUGGCGAGGCGGUCUUGGGAGAGGGCCUGGAAGGCAAAGUCUUCACAGUAUGGUCCAACAUCUCAUGGAGCUCCAGUGGCACUGGCAAGGGCUGGCAGAUCUGUUUCGAAGAGCCGCCAUCCUGUGCCGACGGCCUGCCCCUCACCCCUGUGCCUGUGUCGGACUGCCCGGCACCGGCUUUGGGACCACUUCCAGGCCUGAAUGUGAGGGGGAUAUUUUGGGAUGUUGAGAGCCCCGAACCGGAAACACUCCCAUUUUUCUGGCCUUUUGACACCUUAGCUGUUAAACUCAAAAUCCGAAUUUCCAAAACCGGAUCCUCGUCGUACUAG